CUCUUAUAAUUCAAGCAGAUUAAUUGUUCAUUCUUCGAUCAGUAGCCAUAACAAUGGCGGCCUACGGGAAGCCGCAGCCGCCGCUUAACGACGCGUACUACGGUCCGGCGAUACCGCCGCCGCAGGCGGCAGCGUACUACGGCGCGACGGCUCCCCCGCCGCCGCGCCGGAGCGGCCCGCACCGUCUGUUCUGCUGCCUCUUCAAGGUGAUCGCCGUCGCCGUCAUCGCGCUCGGCGCCGCCUCCAUCGUCCUCUGGCUCAUCUUCCGCCCGACCGCCGUCAAGGCCUACGCCGACACCGCCACGCUGUCCCGCUUCAGCCUCAACAGCACCGGCGGCCGCCGCGGCGGCCUCCUCGAGUACAACCUCACCGUCGGCAUGCGCGUGCGCAACCCGAACCGCUUCGGCAUCAGCUACAGGAACCUCGAGGCGCAUGCGUCCUACGACGGCGACCGGUUCGGAUUCAAACCCCUGCAGCCGUUCUACGUCGAUAAGAAGAGCGACGCCAAGCUCGACGUGGCGCUGAGCGGCGCGGCGCUCGUUGACGACGACGACGUGGAGCGCACGUACCGGAGGGAGACGGCGCAGGGGUUCUACAAGGUGAAGUUGAGGGUGUACGCUAGACUAGGCUUCAAGGUCAGGGGCUUCAGGAUGAACAACUACAAGAGCAAGAUCACCUGCACGCUGAACCUGCCGGUGCCCAGCUCCGGCAGCGGCGCCGCGUUUGCGGCGCCGACGAUGGUGUUCACGAAGUGCGACGUGAACUCUUGACGCCUUGCUCUGCUCGGCUGAAGACGACACGACAAUGUCUCAUUGCCUCUCAUGCUUUAUUUAAUUUUUUUCCAGCUUGUAGAAAAAUUCUUUCGUUUCCAUGUAUUUAUAUGUGCGCGAAUGAAUAAACCGAGCUAUAUGGGUCUAUGCAGAAGAUAAUUGG